AUGCCGCGAAAGCGGACACGUCAGGAAAUGGAGGACUCUGAGCCCCAGGAAGAGAAACAAGAGCCCUCGUUACUCCAUAAAAUACGGAAUAUGUGGGAGUUUGCCUCUGUUAUGCAGUACAUCUUCAUGUUUGGCAAGUCGAUCAAAGUUGACGAAGACUUUGACAUCGAGGACUUUGAGAACGAAUGCCUACGACCAGGCUACUCCGAAAAACUUGAAGAGAUUGGACUGACGCUCUUGAAAUGGAUCUCAUCUCAUCGAGGCCUUAACUAUGAUAUUUGGGAUGAAUACACCCGCCGACAGUAUCUUUCGAAGGCCCCUCACCUCAACCCAUAUGGCGACGAAGAGGAGCCGAAGCGAUUUCGAGAUUUCGAUAUCUUCACAAAGAUCAGAAUUUUGCACCAGUUGACUGUUUGGACCUUUUGGAACCCGGACCGCCUGAGGGAAAAGAUGGUCGACCAUCCUCGUGAAAUCGAUCAAAUUGAAUGGCGCAUCGAAGAGUUUGGCUAUGAUAAAGAUGAUCGACAAUACUAUUUGCUUGAUGACAAUCGGUUGUACAGACGAACAGAGCCCGCUCUCCCCCCACUACUCAAGGCUAAACCGAAGGCAAACAGCCAAAAGGCAAUUGCUGCAAGGAGGAGAGCUAGCAAGCGGAGAAAGAUAGAAUCCGAGACACCCGAGCCAGAAGAAGGUUCUGAGAAUUUGGACGUCGAGAAUGGGCCCGUGGACAAAAGGUUUCGCGAUCCAUCCCAGAUUGACACAUUUGGGGGGUUCAAGUGGGAGUGUCUCGCGAUCACUCUGAAAGACUAUGAGGAGCUGUGUCAGUCAUUUGCGAAGAGCAAGGAUCCGAAUGAGAAGGCUCUCAAGGAUCGCAUUGAGGAGGAAGUUAUACCCAUCAUUCAAAAUGCCGAGGAACGACAACGACGGAAAGUAGAGCGUCGCGAAAGAGAAUUGAUGAUGAUGGAGAAGAUGGUGGGGGCAAAGCGGUCGAGUCGACUAGCCGAUAAGCAAGACAAAGAGCGAAGAGAGGCUGAAGCCAUUGAGGCUGACCGCAAGCGCCAGGCCGAACUCGCAGCAGCGCAUCGAGAGCAGGAGAAGCAGGAAAAGAUGGAAAAGGAGAGGCAAUUCCGCAUGAUGACUCGAGAGCAACGAAUUAAAGAACGCGAAUACAGGCGUCUCCUUAAGGAGGAGGAGCUAGAACGAGAUGCCGCCGAGCAGAGAAGAAUUGAACAAGGCGAAAUCCGUGGUUCGGGCCGAUAUUUGAAAGAACGCAUCGAGAAGAAUAAGAAGGAGCUUGAGGAUCUCGCCGCAGAGGAAGAUUGGACCUUUGACUGCUCGCGGUGUGGCAAACAUGGGAAGAAUUACGAUGAUGGUUCUCACAGCGUUGCUUGUGAACGUUGUAAUGUUUGGCAGCAUAGCAAGUGCUUGGGAAUUUCUAAAGUUGCCGCAGAAAAAGAAGACUUUCAUUUCAUUUGUCAAGAUUGCAAGCAGAAGGAGGAAGAUGCGAAGAAGCCAAAGAUUUCCCUCAAGUUCAAAGUUGGGACUUCCUCAUCUCCCACACCACCCAGUCCUGCGCCGACUCAGUCCCGAUUUGUGGGAGUCGAACUACCCGGAAAUGACACAAAUCGGCCACCAAGUCAAGGUAGAACGUUGAACGGAACUCAAAAUCACCAAUCCUCGCCUCCAACAUUACCAGCCAGUUCGCCCUACCGUCAGCACCCUACGCAAACUGGAACAUUUCAUCACUACAACCUUCCACAUUCAGCCAACUCACCUCCCCGUCCAGCGUAUGCAGUUGUUCAGCAAGCACGUCCGACAUCGUCAAGCUCGCAACAAUCCCCAAACUCAAUGGCCUACAGGAACCCUGCUCCGUCACCAGGUUUUUCUCUCCAACAACCUCACCUUUCUUAUUACGGUGGUCCAAACCAUACCCAUGGGACUCCUGGCUCCCAGGCGCCAACUCAAUCUUUGCGACAUGACACACCACAACAGAACCAUAUUGCAUCGCCCAGACCACAGCCUAUAGCAGCAGCCGCUCAAAAUUCGACAGUCCAAGGUCAGGGCCAUGUCCAUCCUCAUGGAGCCGGCAAUGGUACCCGCCUUCCAUCUCCUGUGUUCAAUCGACCCACAAUGUCACCGACACAAGGCAACAUGGAUGUCGGACCUGUGGCGGGAAUACCUCAAAAGCCCUCUGACCAUAAUCAGAGUACCAACGGUAAGGCUCGUUACUUGAACGGUAUGCCACAAUAUCCACAAGCUACGCCCCGCGCACCAAGCAAUCCACCAUCAGCUCAAACUCCCAAUACAUUACCACUCUCCGGCCUUUCGCCAAAGAAGCAACAAACACCAGUCUCAUUCCCCGCUCCGCUCAAUGUGCAGAAGGCGGGUGGAGUUUCGACGCCUCUGGGGACUUCACAGCAUGCGACACUCAAUGCUUCGACUGGUUCAGGGAUGCCCCAAGCUCAGAAGCGAUCUGUCAGUGGUACACCUAUACUGCCACCAGUCGAAAAUUUGAGACCAAGCCCUGAACAAAUGAGAAACAUGAGCAGUAAUGAACCUGUCCCCACCCCCAGUAAGCAGUCGUCACCUCAACCUCUGUACCACACGGAAUCAGUGCACGCCUCGCCCAGAAAUCAGAAAUCACAAGAAAUACCAUCUAUGGCUCCUGCUGGAUUAGGCAUCAGUCCUCCACCUCAAAUAGUGUCCUCAAGCGCUGAAGGAAAAUCAUGA